CAAUCGCGGUGAUGGGUUCGUAGAGUCAUCGCACUCUUCACCGCUGACAGGUGCGGAGUAAUGACACCGCAGCGGUGUCUGCCUACGCUAACCCCAUUCACUCUUUGGAGGAGCGACUGCCAGAUUGAGACGUUCGGGCGUCAUGUUUCUCCUGUGUUGGCUCAGCCACUGGCAUGGACAUGUUGUUGCAGAGUCAUCGCUUGGUAUGCAUAAAAGGUAGGCUCAAGACCGUGUCUUCCCUUCUUUCUCCAGAAAUCACCAUGGACAACAUUUCAGCUGCCAUUACUGGCGAAUCCACACCAGCCUGGAAACAACUCCCCAAACAUGAGCAAAUUCCCCCUACCCUGGUACCUCUGGUAGACGCACGCCAUUUCUUUGCAGUCGACGCUUCGGGAUCCACGUCGGGCAGCAUCAUACGGUCAGAGCAAGCCUUCGUUCAAGGAGUACAUCAACGAGGUCGUGGAGACGAGGCAACCUUAUGGGGAUCCAAUUGUAACGAUCCCGCCUCCGUCGAAACUCUGCUUUCGACGCCAUGGGGGGGAGUCAUGGGUGGUACUAGCCCUUGGAGGAUACUUAACAACCCUAAAUCUCUUGGCGCUAUCCUUCGAUCUGAUGUAUGGUACCUCUUGACUGAUGGUCAGGUUGGCUCCUACGAAGUUCAAAGGCUCUCCGCAGAAGCCACAGAGAAAGAAGUGCUCAAUGUCCCUGUCAUCUUUGUCAUCACAGGUACCAAGCGGGAGUCACCGAGCAGUGUGGACAUCUCCGUAGGGAUCACAUUCUUUGCCAACGCUCAAGAUGCGAUAUGCCUGUUCGUGGACAAGAACACCGGUACUAUCUACACUUUGGCCUCCAAGGGAUGCUUUGCCGCACUCACAGACGCUCAUGGCAAUUCGACACCCGACCUAUCCACCUGGGAGCACCUCAGGUUCUUCUUGAACGAAGAAGAUUUCAUUGCCAACUGUCAGAAGAACAAAAUCCAAGUCCCGUCUGCUGACACUCGGAUCACACCUACUUCAGGCAUAUCGUUGGGAGUAGAGUGGGAAAGAUUGAACGGUCGUGGUAUUGUUGUGGAUCUAGAUGCGCUUCUGGCAGCAAGAAUGCUCUCCAAUGACGACCUCGAGCAACUUUUGGCAGAAGAAGCUUUCGACAAUCUCUCGAUCACAUGCAAGACCAGGGGCAAAAUUGGAGACCUUCGUCAGUUCAUAUUGCAGCAGAAGGUAACUGAGAUGGCAGUCAAGCUUGAGGACAUAGCCGGCGCAAAUGCUAUAGUUGCGCGUUUGGGUGAAGCUGGCCUAGACAAUGAGAUCCGAAGCCAACUUCAAGCACAACUCAGGGAAGCACACGCCACAAACCGCCGGACAUACCAAGUUGCUGCCAAGAAUGCAUUGGAAUCCCCAGAAGCUCUAGAAGCCCGGUCCAGAAACAGACUAGUUGAUCGGGCACUUCAAACGUUGGCGGAGAUCGAAAGCUCCGGCUACACAGCGGAUAUCCUUUCUCGGCGAAGCAACCGUGCUCGUCGGGCCACGACAGUAGCUCCAACGGAAGGAGAUGUUGCAAUUGCAACAUUGGAUCUGGAGACGCCCACAGCCUUUCGAAGCGAUUGCCUAGUGUGCUGUGGAGACAAUGAAGUCAUGUCAAUUGCCAUCAAGAAAGGCGCUGAUGGUGCUUUCAAUACGGACAACUUCGCACUGGACUUCCCUCUCGCCGCUGGGAAGCAUGGCAAAAACCAAGAUCUCAUUUCUAGCCAAUGUGUCUGCUUCCAAUGCGCCCUGCUUGGCCGCCCAGGAAAAUCUAUUUACGGAGAGGAAAUUUCAGCCGUAAUACCGACGUUUGACUACAAUGGCAGUAACAAGAAAUAUGUUAACGAGCAGCUUUUCUUGGCUCUUACCGGUGGCUUGCGGACAGGCGCCUCUGGCGCUGCGCAGUUGUUCAUGGCUAUGCUAGACAACACGCUGAAGACGAAAGCAUGGGCUGGAGCGUCGGUGGACACAGAAAGCCUUCCAGACUCAGAAGUUCAUCAGCGACGGACCAUGUUUGAAUGGACGCUGGCGAACAUGUUACAGAACACGUCGUGUAGGGAGACUUUUGAUGAACAAGGGCCUUGGGUUCCGUAUCCGAAGGCAUUGGAGUGGGCCGCCCGGAACUUUCAAACAGAAGGCCUAGACAGUUUCGCCGUUCGCUAUCCAGUGGGAGGGUUCAUGCAGCUUGUUGCCUUUGGCAAGGCCACCGGGGCCUUCGACGACAAGACAAUCCGCGAUCUUAAGGCUACUAAGGUCCUGCACGCCGUAACCUCUAGUUUCCUGGCGCAGCUGUAUCGCGAUUCAACGGGGAACCUCGGCGAGGCCUGGACGCAGCCCCUUCUUACGAUGGUCUACUCCGAAUUUAAUGCAGACCUUGUUCCUGUCGACUUUGGGGGUGAGGAAUCCAUCGUCACUUCCACAGAUAAGUUCUGGGCCGCACUGUCAGCCUUCCUAAAGGCAGACACUGAACUUCUGAAAGACUGGGAGCAGGCUGAUCAGCUACGAAUUAUGCCUCGCGUCCAGCUGUUGCUUUUCUGGCUCAUAUACCAUCAGAAAGGCCACACGAGCGCAAAGACAUUCUUCCACAAACUACAGAACGAACAGCCCCUUGCACCCAGCGUUCUCUCCAUUAAUACCCCACUCUCCACCUCUGCCAUCGAGCCCACUCUCCUAUCAAUAUUCCGACAGCACGAUGCCUCCGACCACCCCACCACCAUCGCCAACGACGGUAACAUCCACGCCACCGCCGUCGUUCCCUUUGCUACGCCCUUCGGCCCCAGCGUCCUUCACUGUGGCAUAUGUGGCGAGCCCUUCGCUCCCGUUUCUACCACCUCCUCCACGCCCCUGACCGUUGACUUCCUAGCCAAUCUCCGCGCCGCUCGCGCCACACACCUUCGCGCCGCCUUCGCAGGCGGUACCUCCUCCACCGGCCUCCCGGAGCCGACACUUACUCCCGCGCCUCCCUCUUCUACACACUGCAACCUGCAUGUCAGCGUUGCACGAGCGUGGGCAGCGCUCUCUGUCGAAACACGGGAUGCAGCGCGGGAGGACGGUAGCGACGCGCAGGUGAUAUUUGUGCAGAGCGCAGUAAAAGAGAUAUGUAGCUCGAGACGGGGGGAUGUCUUUCAGCCAAGGUUGGAUGAUAAGGUGCGGGAGCUGCUGCCGAGCUUUUGGGAUGUGUUGCGCGUGGCGGCUAAGUUUGAGGGGAAGGAGGAUUGGGUGGAAGUGGAAGUUGAUUUUGCAUUGAACAAGGUUGAAGAGAAGGUGAAGUGGGAGAUCAAGGCGCGAGAGCUCGAGGGUUGAGAGGGCGUUGGCAUCGUGAGAGUAUUUUGGGUCGUUGUUGUUUUCGGUCUUUAAUUAUGCAUUUUUGUGCUUUGGUUUGUUACCCCGAUCGGAAGGGGACAACGUUACAGUUUACAUACCCUCAUGAGGGACAUAUUUAGCUAUGAACGCAAGCUAUAGGUCUAUAUAAGAAGUCAUCUAUAAGGAGCGUUCUUGUCUUCUCAUAGGAGCUUGUAAGCGGG